AACGUAAAAAGAAGUUUCAGCUUUAGAGCUGUUCUCUUCUGAGUCUCACGGUGACAGAGCUCUCCCAGACUCUUGCGUUAAUCAACCAAACGAAACCAGUUUCCUUUGUCAACGCCUCCCAACUCCGUCGCAUCUCUCAACUCUCUCUCUCCCAGCUCAGAUUUGCCGCUUCUUCUCCUCCCCAUCUCAUCCCAAUCCCCCAGAUCGAUCUCCACGAUACCCCACAAUUCUAUGGCACCCUACAAAGCUGUGACUUUAACCCACAUCCGCUACCAAAAAGGCGACCCCUUAGGCCACUUCCUGGCCUGGAUAUCCCUCAUCCCAGUCUUCAUCUCCUUCGGCGGCUUCGUUUCCCACUUCAUCUUCCGCCGCGAGCUUCAAGGCAUGUUCUUCGCAAUCGGCCUCAUCAUCUCCCAGCUCAUCAACGAAGUGAUCAAAGACUUCUUCCAGCAAGCUCGCCCCGCCACGUGUGCCCUCCUCGAAAUGUGCGACUCCCAUGGCUGGCCCUCAAGUCAUUCUCAGUACAUGUUCUUCUUCGCUGUUUACUUCACUCUUUUGACCUACAGAGGAAUCGCGCUGUCGGAUACCCGGAACAAGCUGGCUGUGAUUUUCUUGCCGUGGUGCUUGGCUUUGCUGACUAUGUAUUCCAGGGUCUAUUUGGGGUAUCAUACUGUGGCUCAGGUGUUUGCUGGGUCGGGUUUGGGGAUUGUUCUUGGGGGUUUGUGGUUUUGGGUUGUGAAUUCUCUGUUGAUUUGUUUCUUUCCGGCGAUUGAGGAGAGUGCGUUUGGGAGGUAUUUUUAUGUUAAGGAUACUUCUCAUAUACCCAAUGUGUUGAAGUUUGAGUAUGACAAUGCGAGGAAAGCGCGGAGCGAGAUGGCUGCCAAAUCUGAGUGAUUGAUGAAGGGCUUAACUUGGUAAGUAGCUGAAGAAUUCCAUCCCACUGUCGGAUGCUUAUUUGCAUGGAUGAGAUUAUUAAACUCUAUCGUUUUGUUUCCAUCUCUAUAAAGAAAACCAGUGUACCAGAAGACAGAAGUGAGUUGGAAGUCAAUUAGAUUUAGAAGCUCUCAUGUCUUAGGAAAGAGAGCAUUUUAGGGUGCUGGAGUCGAUUGUUAUUACAUAUAUUUACCUAUAUAUGUGGUUACAGAUUCAGAUCUUUUAUCCAUGUAUGUGGGGAACUCUGUUUUAGAUGUUUGCUAUAUGACUUGGAAGACUUUUAACAUUAUUCCCAGCUUCCCACACAUUAAAUAGUACAAUUUGCAUGCCUAGUCUUUCACAGAACAGGUAGAUAUCGAAAGUAUAGAUUAGCUUGAGUGACAUUUG